GUGUUUCCCUGUACAAAUGAAUAUCCACUGAAAAAGUUUACGCCAUUACGAGAAAAGCGAAUUGUUUACUUUUCUUUUUUUCUUCAGCUUUUGGAUGUUUUAGGGCCAAAUAUUAGGCAUAUUGAUGCUGCGGUAAUUCUAUAUGGGCGAAUUUGAUUCAUAUCAUGUUGGAUUAUUAGCGUGAUUCAAUGCCAUAAAUGUAAUUUCAUGUUGGAUUAUUAGCGUGAUUUAAUGCCAUAAAUGAAAUGUGGCAGGCUCAAUAAUGGCUGAUUGGAGCAAACUACCAUAUGAUAUCGUUCACAAGGUUGCUACACAUUUAUCAGUGAUUGAGGAUUUCCUUGCAUUUUCUGCUGUUUGUUGCUCGUGGCGAUCAGUUUAUUUGGCUAAGGAAUGGAAUCCAGGUCCUCAGGUUCCGGUAUUAAUGUUCUCCAAUGAUGACAACAUUAACAUUAGAAGUUUCUUAAGCUUGAAUAGAAAUAAGGUUUCUAACUCAGAGCUGCCCGAGGCUCGUGGUAGGCGGUGUUGGGGUUCUUCUUCAGGGUGGCUUGUAACUAUAGGAUAUGAUCAUGAAAUCCGGCUUCUCAAUCCCUUUACUCAUGUCUCUUAUAAUCUUCCGCCUAAGUCCUCACUAGAAAUCAGCUUUGGUGAUUUUCUGAGUUGGUAUGAUAUCAUAGAGAGAGCCUUUGUCUUCAGGAAUCCACGCACUUCAGAUGCUAAUGAGGACUUGAUGGUUAUGAUCAUUUACGGCACAAUGAAGCAGCUAGCGUUAUGUAGACCUGGCUACAGUUCUUGGAGAUGUGUCAAAGAUAAAAUUCAUGCCGAGUUUAUAGAUGUUACGUGUGUAAAAGAUCAAAUCUUUGCUCUCUCCUUCAUGGGAGUCCUCGUCCUCAUUGAUAUUGAUAGCCUAGCUGUAACUGCUAUAAGUGGCCAAGACCCUCCUAGGAAUGUUGCCUUAUCACUUAUUACUGGGGGCUCUGAGCAAAUAUCCUUGGUCGAAUCAUCUGGGGAUCUCUGGAUGGUUUACCAAGCCCAGGGGAGGAACCCAUGGAGGUCUCGCGUAGAGUCAACAGCAUUUCUGGUCUACAAUUUCGAUUUUGACAACAAACAGUGGAUCAGAUUGAGCAACUUGGGAAGUCGCACAAUUUUUGUUGGUGAUAGUAGCUCUAUUGUUGUACGUGCAACCUGUUCUCUGAAGUGCGAAAGUAACAGCGUUUAUUUUGUUGCGUCAAGGAAGGAAAAUGGGUGGCCGAAGAGGAUGACUCACGUCAAUGUAGGUGUGUAUAGCGUGAGGAGUGGAGUUUCAGUACACCUCUGCAUAGGCCCUGAUAUUCCUAAGCGUUUUUCUUUCCCGAUGUGGGUGCUGCCUACCUUGUAUUAGAUCGAGCUUCGUUUUGUUCGUUGUAUUCAGGCGAAGGAUUUUGUUCGCCGUGUUCAGGCAACGAGGCAAAAAUCUGGAUUCUGAGAGAUGUGCAUUGAUGUAAGUAUUUGAUUCUGCACUGACUCUCUGAAAUAAGUUUGUGAUUUUUAAGAUUCAAGAUGAGGGAUUUUGAUCUCAUAUGAAUUGCAGUUUACAUGUAUGGAAUUGAAACAUUAUAACUUUUUGAAUGUGUUAUCGAGUGGAGCCGAGUUAUUAUAAA